UGGAAAGAAAUACAAACCAAUACUUUUGUCAACUGGGCUAAUAUACAUAUGCAAGAUAGAAAUUUGGGAAUAGAAAAUUUAGAAGAGGAUAUGAAAGAUGGUGUUCGACUUUGUGCUCUUGUGGAAGUUUUACAAAAUAAGAAGAUAGUUGGGAAAGUUGUCCAGAACCCGAAGAAUAGUCACCAAUCUUUACAAAAUGCCACUGUGGCGUUGACCGCUGUUGCCAAUGAUAAUGUAAAGCUCGUCAAUAUAGGUAAG